AGUUCAAAUAUUAAAAGAUGAGUAUUUUGAGAACAGAAAACGGUUUAGAGAAUGUUGAUCUGACUCCAGCAUUCCUGGCAGUUAAACAGGAUGUUGAAAUCAGUGCUAGGUUUAAGAAGAAGGAGGAUAUUCAUGCUAUAUCCAAGAGUAUUCUCAAACACAGGAUUCAGACCCUCACCGGGAGGAAUAUCAAGAAAAUUGAGGAGGAGAUGAAUUAUAAACCUGUAGAUAUAAACGAGACUGGAAUGAAUAUUGAUAUAAUGAAGAAACUGGCACACUGUCUCAUCCUUCAAGCUAACGGAGAACUCAAUGUGUCUACAGGUGUGAACGGCUCUACUGAACCUGAACCAGCAAAAGUAGAUGGAGCCGGUGUCUCAGCAGGAAGAAAAAGAGCAUUUGGGGAGCAGGAGGUACCAACUCCGACUGUUAAAAAGACGGUUCGACGUUCCCUUGCAGUUUCAAAGGUUACCGAACUUGACUCCCCUCUGCCCAAGCGAGGCCGGAAAUCGCUGGCCACGCCCCUCAUCACUUCAUCAACCACGCCCUCUAGGAAUUCAAUCCGGUCCAAAGCAGCUCUCUCACAGGGACAUUCCAGUUUGGACCAGACAGAUUUCUCAAGUGGAAGUGUAGCAGUAAGGUGUCUAGGACCUAGUAUAAGAACCCAGGAGGUAGUUGUGGAAGAAUCCAGUGAGAUCGAUGAGGUCGAGGAGGAGAAAGAGGAAGAGGAUGAGGAUGAAAAUGACGGAAUCGUAAACCCUACUCCAGCUAUGAAGGAACUGUUAAAGAAAAGGAAAAGUUUGGGUCGACCUGUUGUUAAGAGUUCUCCUGCCAGAAAAUCUCAGGGACGGAAACCUGUGAAACUGUCUCCAGUUAAACCCGUGAAACCUGCCCCGGCUCCUCCAAGGCCGGAAUUCAUCGGAACUGGAGGAACCCAGAUCUAUUUGUUAGCUGGAGAACCUCUGGAUCUAAAACUGGAGAAAAUAUCUAAAGCUCUUCCUCUCUCCUCCAGUUUUCCUGGAGCGCAUCUGGCAGUUGUUCACACCCCUGCUGAAUGGACUCCAAAACAUAUUUUCAAGAUGACAAAACAGAUAAAAAUAUUGAACAAGAGUGCUGGUCUUGACACAUUCGUGGUGCUCAUGGGAACAGGUUUAACCAAUGUACAUAUGAAUAUUGACGCUAUGCUAAGUCAGACCAAACAUGUCCAGUUUGUUACUUUUCAUAGAGAAGACGCGAACAAGGAUGUAGAGACAGGAAAGCUGCGAGAAACCACAAGUUUCUUCCUGGUUGGAUAUUUCUUUCCUGGCUGCGAGGUGGAGGGGUCAACUCUUCCGGUCAAACUUGUCAGAGACGGAUACAGUACCUGCUUUAGGACGAGUGGAAUAGAAGAAUUGGAGAACACUAUCAUUGACUGCUUCUCAGAAAAAGAUGAAUGGGUGUUGGAUCUGUAUGCUGGGAAGAGAAAACUUACGAUGGCAGCUGCGGAGAAAGGAAGAAACGGAGUUGUUGUACACAACGAGGUGGAAGAUCUAGAGAACCUUGGAGAUUAUCUCAGGACUCUGGCCUUGAAGGAGGAUAAUACCUACAGGGAGGAGGAUGGACUAGUGAUCAACAUUUAAGAACUGUGUACUGUGUACUGUGUACUGAAUUGAAGGGAGGAGGAUGGACUAGUGAUCAACAUCUAAGAAACUCAAGAAACCAUCAAACUUAAUUAUUCAACCAUACUGUUUAAAUCUGACAUAAAUAAUCCCCACGAUUUGGACAAGAUUUUUUUUAUACUUUUUGACGAGUAAAUUGAAUAUCUUUGUUAUACUUAAACAUCGUAUGUGAUUUAUUAAAAUUAUUAUAAGUGCCAAAUAAAACUAUUUUUUAACAAAGA